CAACAAAAGCAUUUUCGCUACUUUUUAUCGUACUCGCCGAUUCAACCCCUCCAAGUCUCCAACCGCCGAAAGCCGAAAGCCGAAAGCCGAAAGCCGAAAGAGAGAAGAAAAAGAAUGCUAGAAAAGCUACGAUUCUGAUAUUCUCUUUGUCCUACUCCCCGAGCUCUCGAACUCAAGAUUGAGAAAUGGCUCCACUAUUCUCCGCACAAACCCCUCGCACCCUCGAUCUCCGCUCCGUCUCCAUUGAAUCGCCCAAUCGAUCGCCGUCCGUCCGCCGUCCCGAGCGCCGGAUUUCGUGCCGGAAGAUGGCGGGGGCCCCGCCUUCAGCGCUCCGGACGGUCUCCAUACCCUACUCCGACCUCGCGGAUAGGGAAAAGGAUUUGUCUAUGACGAUUGAGGAAGGGUUUGGUCCCGGUGGAUUGGGAAUCAUUUCGAUCUCAGAUGUACCUGGUUUUCCUUUGUUACGGAAAAAUCUCUUACAUUUGGCACCCAGAGUUGCAAAUCUUCCUCAUGAUGUGAAAAAGGAAUUUGAAGACCCAGAAAGCAGAUAUAACUUUGGUUGGAGUCAUGGGAAAGAGAAGCUUGAAUCUGGUAAACUCGAUACAUUCAAAGGCUCUUUUUAUGCUAAUCCAAUUCUUGACAUGCCUACAACUGAUGUUGCACUUAUGCAUCGGUACCCAUCGUAUUGUCGGCCAAAUAAAUGGCCUACAACUUCUUUGCCUGAGCUUGAAGUAGCAUUCAAAGCCCUUGGGAAGCUGAUGUUAGAAGUUGGCCUGAUGUUGGCAUAUCAUUGUGAUCAAUAUGUGUUGAAAGGGAUGGGAGGACACGAGGAUAUAAGCCUUGAACAGGUCCUCAGGCGUUCCAGGUGCCACAAAGGUCGUUUAUUGUAUUAUUUUCCCAUGCAACUUAGUGAAUGCCAAGACAAUAUGAGUUCUACGUCUUCAUGGUGUGGCUGGCACACUGACCAUGGUUCACUAACAGGUCUUACAUGUGGCUUGUUUAUGAGAAAUUCUAUAGAAAUCCCUUGCCCUGAUAGUGCUGCUGGGCUGUAUGUCCAAACUCGUAAUGGUCAGAUUGAUAAGGUUGUCUACGAAGCAGAAGAACUAGCCUACCAAAUUGGUGAAACAACUGAAAUACUAUCAAGGGGUCGUCUUUGUGCAACUCCGCAUUGUGUACAGGCACCCAAUGGUGAAAAUGCUUUUCGUGUGGAACGCUCAACUUUUGCAAUGUUUAUGCAACCGGACUGGGAUGAAAAACUAAGGUUUCCUGGAGAAAUUCAUCAUCAUCAAGAGUUGAUCCCACCAAAUGGAACUCUUACGUUCGGAGAGUAUUCAGAGACACUUCUUAACAAAUACUACUACCAAAGGACAUGAAGCAAAUUUAUCCGACUUUAUAAACCUGUAUUAACUACAUGUCAUGUAAAGUUUUAAUGACAUGUAAAGUUUUAAAAAGAAAACUAUGUUGCGCACAUCGAAGAAAUUUAUAGCUUUUAUUUUGGUUUUCAUAGCAAGUAUACCAGCAAUAAGGCAUAAGAAUGUGGAAUUGUAAAAACUUUAAUCAUACAACAAAACCGAAUGAAGCCCUAAUUUUUUCUCA